AUGGACCCUGCCAGUCUGGGCAUUGGUGCUGCUUCCGUGGGCAUACAGCUCUUCGACAGUGCAGUCAAAUUGUUCAGAGUUUUUGAGGAAGCGGCCCAAGCAGACAAGAAGUGCGAGCAGUACAAGUUGUUCCUGCGUGUGGAGUACGACAAGCUCGAGCAAUGGGGAAUCAUGACAGGCCUAUCAGACGACAAUCCCAAGUGGUACGCCUCGCAUAUCCGACGAAAUGGGGCUCUCACCGUAGCGAUCCUGUCAGAACUGGGUAUCUUGCUUAAAACCCUGCGCUCAAAAGUUCUAGAGUACCGCCCAGACAGCGCCGACAGUGAAAGUUCCCGUGCGGUAGGCCAGGUAUUGCGAGUCAAUGAUUUGGCCGAAAUACCAGAUCCCAAGAUUGUCGACGAAGCAAGAGACAACCUAGACGUGGUUCUGCGGCUGCCAGAUCCACCUCGUGAUCGGAAGAAGCUAAGAGAGCGAUGUUGGAUCCGACUGAGCCAGGCCGCAAAGGAUGCCGGGAAGGUUGCAAAGCACCCCAAAAGGUUCAAGUGGGCAAUCAGUGACAUGGAAAAGGUUAAGAAUGACUUUACUCAUGUCCAAUCCCUUGUGAGCUCCUUGACAGACCUCAGCCGCGACCAAAUGACAAUUCUCGUUGACAACACAAAUUCCUUUAAGCUGACCCUCUUCCAGCUGGCCACUGAUGUCAGUGAGAUGAAAGCAUUGAUGAAAGCAGACCAAGGUUUUGCGGAGACUGCAACACUGUCGGGUGCCACUUUGGUCGAGGCUGUGGGAACCCUCAAACCGGAUUCAUCGUCGGCAGAAUCGUCAUUCUUCCGCGCCGCGAGUGCGUUUGCUGUGGACGCAAAGAGUCUCAAUAUUGACACUAUCGAGCCAUGGUCUGAUGAUAAGCUGACGUGGAACCGAUUCUCCGACAGACUUGCACAGACUUAUGCGGUCACAUCUGACAACCGGAAAGUCUGGAUCGAAUGGAAAUCGGCACCACCAGCUUCAGGGCGGCACAACGGAGAGCCCAGCGAAAUGGGCUUUUCAGACUCAGCCCAGAGAGUGAAGAAGCUGGUGGCGCUGUUGCAACUUCGAAGUCGGCCAGAGGAGUUUUGCGUUCCUACUUGCAUCGCUUAUAUCCACGAUGGCCCACGGUUCGGUCUCGUAUUUGAGCCUCCUCGAGAUGCCGAAUUUGCACCCGAUUUCGACCACUCUCUACGUGCUCGCUUUAUCGAUACGAGAGCCAUCCUCGAGGCGCGAGUUGGCAUUGCUCAGAAGCUCGCAAAGUGCCUGCUUCAUUUGCACACAGUAAAUUGGCUGCACAAAGGGCUUCGAAGUAAUGCGAUCCUCUUUUUCCCCAAAGACAUCAACUCAGGAUGUCGUCCACAGUUAUGUGGAUUUGACUUUGCCCGCGCAGCGGACGAUGCCGAUGCCACGGUUCCGCCGUCUGAAGAUCCCGGUCGACGAUUGUACAUCCAUCCAGAAUACCUUGCUGAACCGCGACCAAGUUUCAAGAGAACAUAUGACAUCUAUAGCCUAGGAGUCAUACUUGUCGAGAUCGCGUUCUGGCAGCCUAUUGAGAUUAUCCUGGGACUGGAUCCUUCCUUAAGGAUGGGCCAGAUCAGACAGGUUCGUGGGAAGCUGUUGGACGAAGAGAAUGGCCAUCUGAAGUCCAUCGAGGCAACAAUGGGCAAGCGUUAUGCGGAUGCCACCAGAGCUUGUUUGAGUGGCUUGUCUGGCGAUGAUGGUAAGGCCGUGGGAGACGGGCAGGAUCAGGCGAAUCCGACUGUGGCUGCUGUCAUCAAGCAGGCAUUUGAAGAGAAGGUUGUCGAUAGUCUUCGGAGCAUACUUGUCUGA